AUGAAUAGUGAAGUGGCAGAUCAGCUUAUGGAAAUGCGCCAGCAGUUGGAUGAGCAGAGGGUCGGCUUCGAGUCGAAACUGGAGGAGCAGAGGGCGGAAAUGGAGAAGCAGAGGGCGGAAAUGGAGAAGCAGAGGGCGGAAAUGGAAGCGGAUAGGCAAGACGCCGUUUAUCCGGUGCGGUUUCGCGGCUUCAUCGAGGCGGCCGCGAAGUUUGUGGCUCUGAAGAGGGCUAAGGAAAUGGCUCCGGCGCCCACUGGUCAGCUCCUCAGGAUCGGUUCGCUGGAGGAGCCGGACUUGCUGGAUGGCGAAGGGAUACAGGCGGGACGCACGGUCAAGGGCUACCCUUCCCACUCUCGCUUGGAUGCCCCGCUGGCAACCGUCUACUCCUGCCUGGAGAAGCACUGGAACCGCACGUCUGGCCAAUGGCUUACUGCAUCCAGGAGGAGACGGAGGUAA